AUGGUAAAUUGCCAUAGCUCACUUCACAAUGUAUACCUUCGGGCUAAAGCUGGAUCAGCAAUUGGUAAUCGUCCUCAUGAUUCAGUCAAUACUCGUGCAGCAAUACCAAUCAAAACUAGCAAAUCAGCACCUAUCAAUCCUGAUUUGUUUUUUCCUCCUCUUUCUGGACAGUCAAAUAAUGAUUUUCAUCCACAAUUACGUCAACUUCCAUCAGCGAACGAUCCAUUGUACUAUUAUUCGUGGCAUAUUCACACUUAUUUCUUCCAUGAAAAUAAAAAUGUUACUGCACGUGCUCUAGCCAUCCGAGAACAAUUUAUGAACUAUUUCGAGAUAAAGAAAUGUGAGGGUAAUUGUUUUAUGGGUGGAAUAUUUGAUAAUUGUACGCGAAUGUGUGUCUGGGAUCCAGUUAUGGGUGUUGAUGGACCCCAUCCAUAUGGACAAUGGGGUGUCUAUUUGCCAAAUGAACUUUUGAGUGAUACAUUAAUGUGGAUGUCGGCAAAUCAUGGCGAAUUCGAAGUUUUGUUUCAUCCAAAUACAGGAGAAAUGAUUGGUGAUCAUGAUAGUCAACAACGAGCUAUGUGGAUCAAGCAACAGGUGCCACUUGAUUUAGAUUUUCUCAGAUGGUUACAAUGUCAAUGGUUUGGAUGUUAG